AUGGUUAGGCUACCACCUUCCUCUCCAUCUAAUUUGUCUUCUAUCAAGCUCGACCAAGAGACAGAGGACGUGGAAAAUGUACUGAAAGCUGCAUUGCCACGGAGUCUAUGGAAUGUGUCCCUAGAAAAUGCCCAAGAAUCCUCAAAUGAAUUCUUGGACUAUUAUCGGAGCCAACUCGUUGGAGUCGAGGCUUAUGGAUUGAACUUGAAGAGUCAUCAGGACCUCAUUGAUCUGAUAAACUUCAUUAAGACACUGGCGCAUCUCACUAAGCCAGAACUGAUUGCUCGCCUCGAAGACAGCCAUAUUGAUCUUGGUCCACCCAUCCCAGCCAUUGAGUUUGCACUCCGGAUUUGGUUAUUCCUACCUUUGGAGGACUGGGGAAGCAGACAGACACUCGAGCAAUACAUUCACUCCAUGUUCCCCAGAUCGAGUUCCUUGCCAGAUAGCCCAACGUUUGCUCUGAAUUUCAAUGUCUUGAACCUUAAGCAGAUUGGUGGAUUCAAGAUUGUCUGGACGGAGAGCCUUCAAGAUCAUCUUUCCCUGAACAUCGACGACACGGAGAAGGAACUCAGAAUCUUCCACGUUGCGUCAUUUCUCCACGCAUACGGAAAGAGCAAAGACCGGCCUAUCUUCCCACCGGGGUUCCUCGAAGAAACUGCCCGUACCCUGUCACUCUUGAUCCCGUCAUCCAAUUUAAAAUGUCAACGAUGGAUCCGGAAGGCUCGUAGACAGGAUGAAAUCGAUUUGGAAGCAGCGUAUCUGCCUCCCACGUCACGCGAUCUUGCCGAUUUUCCGUACUGGGGUCGACAGCUCAUGGAGCUACGAGACGAAUAUGAGCGGACAGAACCGACGACUAUGCGGCAAUGGAUCUUGGACAAGAGGAAGCCGAACCAGCGGUAUACGUUCUGGAUUGCUGUGAUUGCCCUGUUUCUGGCGUUAGUAUUUGGGUUAAUUCAGUCGGUGACGGGAAUCAUUCAGGCCAUGCACAUCAAUUGA